AUGUCCUCUGCAACUUCCAGCUCCUCUUUGCCCAGUGGCCUGGCCGUCCUGACAACUUUCCCAGAUGUGCUCUUCAUUCCUGAAUUUGUCUUUGGGGGCCUUGUCUGGAUCCUGGUGGCAUCCUCAAGGGUCCCAGAAGCCAUGCUGCAAGGCUGGGUGAUGUUCGUCUCUGUGUUCUGCUUCGUCAUGUCCACCAGCCUCCUGUGUCUCUACAUCUGUGGGGUGCAUGGGGGCAGCAGCUCCUGGGUCACCUUGGACGCUAUCUGCCAGGGAACAGCAGCUCUGUUCUAUCUCAGUGCUGCUGUGUUGGAAGCCGUCUACACCUAUGGCAUCGGCUUGAUUGUCAGCCCUCUGAUAAUGACCAUCUACCAGGAGAACAUUGCUGCUGUGGUAUUUGCAUUCUUAGCUACCCUGAUGUACGUGAUUCAUGAAGUGUUCUCACUCCUGAGAUGGAAAUCAUCUUAA